ACCAAACAAUAAAUAUCGAAGCCAAUAAUUUUUUAAAAAAUUAAAUACCAUUACAAAAAGACAACAAACCUUGAAACAAAACAAAUAAGCCUCUCUUCAGAAAAAGACGCACCCACCCUUUCGUGCAGCCUCUCCUUUUCUCUUUUCAAAAGCCUUAAAUAUUCCUUCCCUCUCACUCAUUAAUCACAUUCUGAACCCAACUCCAAAAAGAAAAGAGAAAAUCUACACUCUUCUGUAGUUUUAUUUUCUCAACAAUCAAACAAAAUACAAGAAAAAAUGGGGAAGAAAGUGAAGCUCCCAUUUCUGAACAAGAUCACUUCAUAUUCAUCUUCUUCCUCUUCAUGGCCAUCAGCUUCUUGUCAUCAACAAAACCCUAAGAAAAUAUUUUUCAGAGAUUUCUUCACCAUUAACAAACCUAAAAAUGUCAACAAACCCGAGCCACCUUCACGCAGCCUCUCCUCCUCCUCUACCACCACCAACAACAUGGAAAAGCCACGGGAGAUAGAGUGUAUAGAGAAUGUGAUUAGAGGACUAAAAUCGUCAAAAAGACUUAUCUUUGAACGUAGAGGAAGAUCAAACUCUAUACUAGAAGAAGUUACUAAGAGAGAUGAAGAAGAAGAUGCCCCUGAGGAAGAAGAAGGCUUCAUGCUCUUGUCAUUAGAAUCAAACGACCCUUACUCGGAUUUCAAGAAAUCCAUGGAAAAGAUGGUUGAUCUGCACGCGCUUCAUCAUGAUUGGAGAAGGCUCGAGGAGCUUCUUUUCUUGUUAUUGAAAGUCAACGUUAAGACAAGCCACAAAUACAUCUGCGCCGCUUUUGUCGACUUGCUUUUAAACUUAGCAGUAGAAUCUUCUAAAGACGUCGCCCAAGAACCUCGUCCUGUCCUCGUCGAGGAAUCUCCCUCGUCGCCAUUAUCAUUCUACACGUCGUACUCGUCUUCAGAUGAAACCUCGCCGACGUCUCUCCGGGUCUUACCGGAGAAUUUGAUAGGCGAGAAGAGAAGGGACGUUGUUUGCUGUUUAUCGUCGUUGUUUGAGAUGGAGGAAAAGAUUAAGGACAGUAUUGAUUAGAGUGAUUAUGUUUCUUCUUAAAUGUUUAUAUACAUUUAUGUCAUGUUUUAAAUUUAUAAGACAAAAAAAAAAGACUAGACACAACUCUGGUGACUCCAUGUAUAAUAAGCAGUGGCAUUAAAACGGUAAAUAGAAGUCGAACCAGUUUAUUAUUAUUUUUAAUACUUUGAAAAAGGGCUCGAACCAGUUUAUUUUUGCGCGAUCAGUAGGAUAAUGUGAUUUCUUUUUGUUUGUCAACCAGAGUAAUCUUGUUGACAAA